UUAAAUCAUAUCUCAUGUCAAAAUAAGAGUAAUAAUGAUAGUAAAGACGGUAUAGUAGUAGACUGGUCGUUGGGUGUGGUCGCCAGGUGAAGGUUUAAAAAUACUUAUCAGUCUUUCUAUUGCAACAAGAGAGAUAAAGUUUAUACUUCACUACAGCGUCAAACACUGGCCGUUAAUCUGUUGGGAAUAACCAUAUGGAUAGUAUUUCACCCUACAUAGAAUAAAUCACCUGAGGUAACUUAAUAUAACGUGAGCUGUGGAGAGAAGCAAUCAUGGACGAGACGAGUCUAUGUCUUAGGUGGAACGACCAUCACCCCACCAUCGUACACAUGUUAUCAGGCAUCAGACAUAAGGAACAGUACUGUGAUGCUACAGUAAUGUGUGAAGGACGCUUCUUUCCAGUCCACAAGAUAAUUUUGGCAGCUUCAAGUACCUACUUUGAGCAGAUUUUUUAUCAGCUUGAUAGUCAACUUACUAUCAAACAACCCAUGAUUGUCCUGGCAGAUAUCAAAGCUUCUCACUUUGAAGCUAUCCUCUCAUACAUGUAUUGUGGAGAGGUAAAUAUUUUCCAGAAGAGCCUUGGUGGUGUAUUACACACAGCCACUGUUUUAAAGGUGAAAGGUCUGUCGGAGGAUUCAGAUGAGGAGAGCGACACGGAAAUUAACAGGGAUUUAACAAACAGACAUGCUAAUGCUCAGUCACCAUGUAAACAGAAACAAAACAUGAGGACUGGUAUUAUACAGCAAGGAAGAGAGAGCACCAAGAGAAUGAUGGAUGACCUAGAUAACCAGUGCCAACAAGUCAAACGACCAAGACAAUCGCAAGUAAUUCAUCCGAGCAUUGUGCCGGGCUCUGCCAUCAGUUUAGCAAAGUUUGGGGCAGUCUGCCAACAGUUAGCUGAUGUAGAACCCGAGGAAUCUCUUGAUGAGUUUGAGAGAGAGGAGAUACAAGUGAAACAUGAACUCAGUGAUUCCUUGCUAGAAGACCACAGUAUAGACAGCACUGACAUCAUUUUAGGAAACACCAUCAGCGGGUUUCUCCUCACAGAUACCGGUAAUCACGGUUAUGACUCCAACACAGCAGAACAUACCAUAGACAAUAGGCAUCAUAGAAGGGAAGCGAGUGACGUCAUUUUGAAUACAGGCGACACACUUGAAUGUAAUGCACAACCGAACUGUGGCACGUCCGAUUCUUUUCACUUGAAUAAUGGUGACGGUGACAUAAGAUUCAACAGCGCCUUUAAUUCGGGUGACAACUUGGAUACUAAUGAGAUGUUUGGAUCGGGAUCUAUAGAACAGUGCAGUCGUAAUGGUGACUCUACGAAUACCAGUGCCAAUGAAAAAAUCUUGUCUGUGGAAGAAAAUGUACAACCAAUUGUCACUCUAGAGGUACCGGUUAAAAGAAAACCAGGACGCCCACGAAAAGUGCCCUUGCCGGAUGACGGUUCAGUGAAUCAGAGUAGUGAAAAACGUAUAAAAACUGUACAACAUAAAUGGCGCGGAUGUCGACCAAUAAUUCGAGGAUACUUUAAGAAACGUAAAUGUGUGGCGGCGCUCAAAGUGUCCGGUAACAGAGGUGAAGUUGGAGCUCUACCAAAUGGCUCGAAGCAUGUGACAUCCACAAAACGUAAAUAUAAGCCAAAGAUCAGGCAAGGCAAGGAGGUACUGGAAGCGUCCGGUGGCAGCGCCGAAGUUGGAGCUGUACAGAAGAACUCGAAGCGUCUGUCGUACACCACUAAGAAAACUGCUAAAAGAGGAAGACCCAGGAAGGAUAGCAACACUUGCACCUCUUCCAGAAAGACACACACUGCUGACAUGCAUCCAAAGACUAAAGUCACCAGUAAAGUCUCUGCAGCCACGGUUAUGACAUCAGAGGGAAAAAGACUUAAUCCGAGGGUUGUGAUAGCAGACAUGGGUCCAGAGGUUAACGAGCUGGAGAACAAUCCUGGCAAUUGUUCAACCAGUCAUUACAAAUCCAAAGUUGAAGACUCGCAUCCCAAUGACUGCACCUCCCCAAGUGUCUCUGAUCAUCCGGUUGAUUACACAUAUGCUUCAGUUGGUGUGUUGGAUGAUCCACAAGCACAUCACAGUAACCUCAGCACACAAGAUAAACACAGAAAUACAGCCAUAAAUUAUUCCAGUUUCUUGUCCAACCAAGAAGAUACUGACAUAGAUAUAAAUUUAAGUGAGGAAGUACCUUUUAAUUUUUGGUAAACAAAGACACAUCAAAAGGAAGCCAAGAUAUUACUACAAGAAAACACCAAGGCUGAUAUCCAAGACAGGUUCUUUACAAAAACAGAAAAGAAUGUCUCAAAUUUAAUCCAAUAUUCCCAGAAUCACUGAGAAACUGCAACAGUAAAGAAAUGUCGUUCUUGUUCUCAUUGCCCUUUUUCUUCCCACAAAAAUGCCCAUCUUAAAGAGCACAAUUGGAUCCAUACAGGAGUGAAGCCAUUUACUUGUAAUCAAUGUCCUUAUAGAAGUAAAACAAAAGGAGCGUUAAAAAGACAAUUUAAUUCACUCAAAACGUCACCUGUUUGCAUGCCAUCUUUGAUCUGUUAGAUCAAAAACACAACUCAAAUUUGGAUGGACACCUCCCUUCUCUUGCAAUCAUUGUCCAUAUACCACAGCCAUUUUAUUACACAUUAGAAGACACCAACAUACUCAUACUGAUGAUAAAAACCCAUCACUUUCACUUAUGCCCUUACAAAACUAAGAGUCAAAGUACAUUCAAGAAGUACAAUAGUUCCCAUCUUGCUGAGAAGCUAAAUAGUUGUGCCAAGUGUUCUUAUGGGACAGAUAAACAGUCAUGCCUUCAUCAUCGCACUUUAAUUCACUUGGGAGAAGAACCUUAUGCCUGUCAACGCUGCUCCUAUCACGGCAGGACAACGUCUAACCUGAGAUUUCAUAACUUGACUCAUUCUGGGGUGAAAUGCUAUUCUUGUCACUUAUGUUCAUAUAAAACAUCUCUAAAGUGUAACAUGAAGCAGCAUGACCUUAAUAUAUAUCCAGAUAAAGUUAGCAGAGAUGAAGGUCAAGUUAGUAAAGAUGAAGGUCAAGUUAGGUUAGGUUAGCAUUAGGGUGAUUAAUCUUCAGAUGAAAUAAGCUGGGGCGUAGAUUCUAAAGGUAGUUCCAGGAUGUGUAUGCAUAUAUUUUUUCUCACUUCAUCAUACAGGAGUAUUUACCUAAUCAUCAGUUAAGUUAUAUCACAUGAGGUUAUCAUUAUCGCUCUUAACUGCUUCUAGACCAUCAGUUAAUGUAUAAAAUGAAGCAAUCUGCAUCACCUAAUUACAGUCAAAUGGUAUAAUGGAAAAAUAACCAUAAUUUAACAAAAACAAAUGAAUUUAACCUGAUGGACAGGUUAGGCCAGAUGCAGGGUGUGUGGAGGGGGGGAUACAAAGCAAGAUCAGUGAUUAAUUGAAUUAGUUAUAGAUUGAAUAUUACAGAAUUCCCCAGCAUUGAAAUCUAGUGAAGAUUAUAAUCCAGGGGGGGAAUAAUUGCAAGUUAAUGUACUAACACGAGAUAUUUUUAUGGACCGUUUUGUUGUAACGAUCUGCUUUUGUUGCAUGUUUGUCGAAGUUGUAUGGGGCUAUAGUACACAGGGCAGCAUGUGGUUAUAUGCACCAAAAACACCUUUCUAUCCCGUAUAAUAAAGAUACGAUAGAUUAAGAGUGUAGUGUAACACCCACCACUCGGUCAUGAUAGCAGCAACUUGAAAAAAAAAAUUGCUUUCGGGACUUUUCACCAGAUAACUUCCAGAAAAAAUUUGCUUGCUCAUUUUUUUAUCCUUGGUUGAUACUAUAAGUGAUUUUACUGUGUCUUACCUGACUUUCUUAAGCAGUCUGUCACUGUAUCACCAUCCAUAAUGACUGUUGUUUAUGUCACCAUAUUUAUGAUUAAUGUCUUGGGUAUUUUCUCUCUCAAUCUGCUUUACAAUUCUUCUUUUCAGGUUAAUUUAGGAUGCAGGUUAUGACUCUGCAAGGAGAAAAAUUAGUCAUCUGAUUUAUCAAGAAAAUCAAUCAGUUUACAUUUUAGAAAUGAUGACUGGUGGUUCUCCGAAGAAUCGGUGUAUAUACUGCAUGAAUGUGUAAGUUUAGGAUAUUUGUAAGUGUGUGUUUUGACUUAUUUUUACCAUUUCAAGUCACUUUCUACAUUUAUAUGGCACCUCUCCCUCACUCUAGGUUUGUGUCCCUUGAUCUAUCUAAAACACAAACAAGACAGAAGUAGAGACAUUACAUUAUCUCAGCCCUACUAUCAUCAGUCCCAUUGGUGAAAUUUCAACACUCGGUACAAAUUUCUGAUCUUUAAUUUGUCAUUUGUUUUCUACUGUCUUCACAUUUUAUGAUUAAGUUAUUGAGAUGAUUAGAUUCAUUUAUGUAUUUUUAAUAUAUUUUUAAAUUUUGAUACAGUACAGUGUACAUGAGAUUAUUAUGUGGAUAUUUUGAGAGAAUUGUCUGAAUCUCAAGAAGUUUUGUUAAUAAUGUGUCCUUUGUAUUCAUAAGUGAUACAUUUAAUGCAUGGAUCUGUGGUAUUGGAUCUGUUUAGUGUUAAUGAACUGUAUUAUGUGUUCAGCAAUUGUAAACUGGAUACAACUUGGAGCACUUGUUUGACUGUGUUAAGGUUAUACUCAGUCUUACAGUAUUAAGUAUUUUUGUUCAAUUAAUAAUUCUUACAUAACUGAUAAAUGACUCCUCUAAGUACAUAGUGGGGGCAAGUGAUGCAAGCCUCACUUAUUCACCGACUUCAACUUAUAUUUUAGUAUUAUAAUUAAGUUGCACUUAUUUUAGCACUUAUCCACGCAAGCAAGGAAAAUGGCUGUAAAACAGUGAUGAUGGUGAUGGUCAUUAGUGUGAGAUGUAUUACUCAUUACUGAGGUACAAGAGUUCGGACAAGGAUGCUGGCAACGAUUAUUUUGCAUCUUUCAUUGAUAUUUUCAUUUGUCUAUUUGCUUAUAUUAAUUUUAGGAGGAACAUUUUUAGAACAUCUUCAUCAUGUUAAGUUUGAAGUAUGUAUUACAGCAUGGCACAAUCAUAGAAAUAGAUUGUUUUAUUUGCAACACCCAGUUUGUUUACCUACACAGUUGAACCAUUUGUACUUAGAAUUAAUCUUAUUAACUUAAGAGAAUGUUUGACAGUUACAUUUUACUACAAACAAUAAUCCUUAAACUAGUUGUAAGUUAUAGCCAAUUGAAGUUGCCUGAACUGACUCUGUGCAGCCUUCUACAAAUACACUGUUCUCAAAUAACAUAAAAUUUAACAGCCUUUAAUGUUACGGUUGUGGUACCAUUACUCUCCCACAUGUAAAUUAGGUAAAAAUUUAACUUCUUGCAUAAUGGUAAACAUAAAACCUUCUCAUUGCAUCAUUACAACAUCACACUCUUGCCUGGAUGCCAUUACAAUUGCAAAAAUCACUAAAAAUGUGUAAAUUAGUUGAUCAUCCACCAUUAUUAUAUUUUGUGUGAAUGUAGUAGAACUCAAAAGAUCAUUGAAGAAAAAUACAUUAUUCUAGGCAUUUUGUUAAAAGUUUACAGUUUAUAUUUACAGAUCUACAAUUAGUUUUAUUGUUAAGGAAGGCAACAAGACUAUGGACGAGAUUAACAACUUAACGAUCCCUGAGGUCCAUUUUUUAUAACUACGGUACUAGAUUGUUAGUACAUUACCUUACAGUGUCAAGGUGAACAUUGCACCAAUAAUGCUCUAAUAGAAGUGCUUUGAUUUGAUGUGAUUUCACUAUCCAUGCACUUUUUUUUUUUUU